ACUGUGUGACAGACGUCACGAAACAUACCCUAUCACCUUCGGUGAGAUUGCGUUAUUUAAAAUCGCACUUGCAGUCAAAAUAGACAUGACCAAGACCAAUUGCAAGAGAAAAUGAAUUGAAUCAGCCUCUGGAAACUGACCAACCGAAUUAGCAUUUUAUAGUUGGAUUGUCGACAUGCAUGCAGUCAAGUAUGUCGAGUAUGGCAAACGCGUAGAUAAUCAACACGAUCGGUAAUUCGAGAAAGCGAUCUAGGGAUUGUUUUAAGUCAAUUACAGCUGGAUCACAUUACUUAAGAUCAACUCCAGUUAUUAUCUUUAUAUAGAGACGAUCUUCCAAAGGAAUUCACACAUACUGACGGCAGCUCGACAUGUAUACAAGAUACCCAAUAGAUCGAGUUUAAGAGAUAAGCAAGUUACAUUAAAGAUUCGAAAAAAGUGGCUACUCCCUUGGGUCUAAGUAACCUUUGCUUGACCAUCCAUCACGCUUGGAACAACUUCCGGUAAGAAGCACGUCACUGAAACACCUUUUCCGGAGUUUCCGUGAAGGGAAGUAGACACAAAAAUACAACAAACGUGCACGGACAAGGAUACUACGGUUUUACUGGUAAAAAGCAAACAUUAUACAAAGAAGGUUAAAAUGGCCGGUAGUGUUCUUCAUUUUUAAAAUGACGUCAUCGAUUAGAAAAUAACGGGAAGUAGUAGCCUCGCUCCGAUGUUCCAUGAGAGCGAGGUCAGGGGAGUAAGAUAUAAAGACCUGCAUUGUAGCGUAUUCAAAUUUUAGGUCCUUGACAAGCUAAACAACUGAAACAGGAGAGAAUAAUUACGGGUUAAUAAGAUUAUUACAUCAUGUCAGAGGAGAGGAUUGGUCUGGCCUGCUCCGGUGGUGGGAUUCGUUCGGCCGCAUUCAGUUCCGGCGUGUUAAGAAGGCUUCUUCACCGCGGAGUCAAAAUCGACUACGUUAGCUGUGUGUCUGGCGGGAAUUAUGUCGCUGCAUCUUACCUGGACUGGAAAUACAGACACAAACAACAAGAUGGCCACGAAUGGCAUAAAAAAUUCUUCGAGGACAUGCGUAGUAGGGUUGGCUACGUUUGUAACUGGGAAAGACCCCUUCAAGGAAUUGUGGAGACCAUCAUACUCGUUCUACUGCUAAUCACGGUCAACCUUGUCAUCCCUUGUGUCAUGUACAGCGUUGGAGCUUUUACCGCUGCUUACGUCAUCGACUACGUGCUCGGCAGGGUCAUGCUUAAAGGCUUCAAGUGCAUCGACGUGCCCAUGAAUUCAACCGGAAGUGCUACCAACAGUUCUGCCACAGAAAGGCACUGCACAGCAGAAUUUGCCAUCAGUGACCCGGAGGUACGAGAACAAUUUAUCUUGUUCUUUCUGCUGUCCAUAACAUUCAUCGUCUUUUACUCCAUCAAGGUUGUCGCUCCGAUAAGAUUCCGCUCGAUUGCUCGAUUCUUCCAGGUUUUAAGUGGAGUGGUGUUUAUGUUCACCUUUAUGCCUUGGUUGAUACAGCAGUUCUUUGAGGUUUUACCUUCCUGGCUCAACACCAUGGUGAUCGUGCUAAGUCUGUUCUUCUGGCUCGGAUUUCCGCCUCUGAGAAAGAAAGCCUCGCUAGCUCUCGUGUUAUACUUCUACGCCUUCGUGGUGAAGUGGCGAGUGUACCAGACUAAGGUGAUUGGCAUUGCUUACGAUGAACACCUUUUCUACAAACUCCUGUUAAUUUCUGGAGGCUUCAUCUGGCUGAGUCCUUAUUUUGGCAUGUUCAGCAUGACGGCAAUUUUUACUUAUUACAAGUGGAGGCUUCAGAGAGCGUUCUUUACAAAGAAGAGUGUUGGGUCACUUGGUUGCAAAGGAAUCGGCUGCCGAGACUUCUUUCCAAUCCUCUCUUGUUGCCAUCAUAAGCACGAUCCCGCCGAGGACCCUCUCGUCAUGUCGGACCUUGAAGAGGUCACACCCCAAUAUAUCAGCAACGUGGCAGUUGACUAUUGGCGCAAGAAACCGUCCUUGAAAGAGCCAUCCUACAGUGUGAUGGCUCUGUCACCGACCGAAAAUGAGAGAGUCGACCACCAACCGGGGGAGCCUGGAGUGGAAGAUACAUUGUUGCCAAGAAACGUGAACCAGGCUGAUGCCAUGGUAACUUCUGCUGCCGUGAUGGCGAUAAGUCCCGAGCAGGACGAGCCGUUCAGGGAUCUGCAGAUCCUCUUAGGUCUCACACUCAGAAAAGGUAUAAGAAGUAAUCCCCAUGAUUCAGUUAGGUGCGUAGGGAAAGGAAUACUUAACAAGGUAAGACACGAGGGAAAAGUGUAGAAAAAUAAACUGACUCGUUUGCAUUCCAACAUUUAUGCGUCUGCAGUUUAGGUUAUAAAUCGAAAUGAGGAUGGUUUGGGAGCCCAUGACGCGACAAUCCUUGGACGGUUGUAAGAAUGAUAAUGAUGGGGACGGGCAUGGCGACGGCAGCAGAGCCGACGGCGGCGUCCGCGAUAAUGUUUCCUCUAUUUUCACUGUUUGUUCGUUUAGCGGCCAUCUCGAAUAAUUGACAGUCCCCCACC